AUGUCGCUAGUACCUGCGCGCAAUGGUGCGAAUGGACCUCCAACUCGCGCGGCGAACCUCGUCACGGACAAGCCAUUUCAAACGUCGACCAAAGGAAAAGUGCCCACAGGAUACGCAGAAGAAAUCGCCAUCUCCGAGCAGAGUUUCCGAAGUCUACACCGCGAUGUGCAAAAUCGACAGUCAGCAGGGAAGAAGCGAAAGCGAGAGGUCAAAGGCGACAGCGCGAAGGUCUAUGGAGCAGAUGCAUACAAAGGACCAUGGGCGAAGUACGAAGAGCGAAGGAUAGACAGUGACAGUGGAGAAGAGGUCGAGGUGGAGAUUUCAGGCGAUGAGAGCGGAGAGGAGGAGGUGGUCUAUGAGGAGGACUCCAUCCUACCACAACCGAGCAAGGGAACGCUCGCUGGCACGAGUUACGGCGAGAUCUCCGCCGACAAGGAAACGUCCACCUUUGAGGGCACACAGCAAUACGACUAUCAAGGCCGCACGUACAUGCACGUACCUCAAGAUCUGGACAUCGAUCUGGUCGCCGACUUUGAGAACCUCGACCUGAAAUGCUUCCAUCCAAAGAAACUCAUCCACACCUACCGCAGCGCCUCCAACAAACCCGCUCACGAAAAAGCCCUGACAGCGUUGAAGUUCUUCCCCGAUUCCGGCCAUCUCCUCCUCUCCGCCGCCGCUGACGGCAAAGUCAAACUCUGGGACGCUUACCACGCUCGCGAACUCCUACGCACAUACUCCGGGCACACCAAGUCCGUCGUCGACGUGGACUUCUCCCCCGACGGCACAUCCUUCAUCACAGCCUCCUACGACCGCUACAUGAAAGUCUGGAACACCGAGACGGGACAAUGUACCUCCCGCUUCAGCACCUCUUCCACCCCUCACGUCGUCCGCUGGAAUCCUUCCGACCCUUCAGGACAUGAGUUCCUCGCCGGUCUCCACAACAACAAAAUCGCACAGUUCGACACCCGCUUACCAGCAGACGGCGACAAGAAAAACCCCGUGCAAGAAUACGACCACCACUUGGGCCCCGUCAACACCAUCACAUUCAUCGACUCCAAUCGUCGCUUCAUCACCACCUCCGACGACAAAUCCCUCCGCGCGUGGGAAUACAACAUCCCCGUACCGAUCAAAUUCAUCGCCGAGCCGUACAUGUUCCCCAUGGUCAAGUCCGCCUCCCAUCCCAGCAAAGCCUCAGUGCUCAUGCAGUCGUCCGACAAUACGAUCAAGGUGUACAAUUCUGGUGAGAAGAUUCGGCAAAACCGGAAGAAGGACUUCAGAGGGCAUAACAAUGCGGGUUAUGCGAUUGACAUUGAUGUCAGUCCGGAUGGAGGGAUUGUCACGAGUGGUGACUCUGGAGGUUUUGUGUGCUUUUGGGAUUGGAAGACGUGUAAGAUGUGGCAUAAGAUUAAGGCGAGUGAUGCGGCGGUGGUGAGUGUGGCGUGGCAUCCGAGGGAGAGCAGUAAGGUUGUGACGGGAGAUUUGAAUGGUGUUGUGAAGUAUUGGGAUUAG